CCACUGGGUGCAAAGAAUAGCAGCCGCGGUCACAGAAGUUGAGGAGCGCCGACUGUUCUGUAAGUUCUGCCCUAACUCGGAAACUUGAUCAUGUCUCUUCCCCGACAACUCCGAGACGAGAGUGAUUUUGAGCAGUUACCUGAUGAUGUACCAGUCAGCGCCACUAUUGCCGACAUCGAGGAGAAAAGAGGAUUUAUUAUCUACUACAGGUUUGUAAUUGAAGUGAAAACCAAAGGUGGAAGCAAGUACCUAAUCUAUCGCAGGUAUCGUGAGUUCUACACCCUGCACCAGAACCUGGAGCAGAAGUUCUUUCCUGAGUCAGGAACACGGCUUUCUACUGGUGUACUGCCCACUCUGCCAGGCAAAGUGUACAUGGGAAACAAACAGGAAAUUGCUGAAAGCAGAAUCCCGGAACUUAACACCUACAUGAAGAAAUUGCUGUGCUUACCCACCUGGAUUCUGCUGGAUGAUUUGAUUCGGAUGUUUUUCUAUCAGACUGAAUACGACAGCCUGCAGGUUCCUAAAGCUCUCCGGCGACUCCGACCCCCCACCCGCAGAGUAAAAAGCGAGAAACUCAAAACGGACUUGCUCUCGUCCCCCAGAGCCGAGGCGGUGUUCGACUUUAAUGGUAAUGGGCGCUUGGAGCUGAACCUAAAGGCUGGAGAUGUGAUCUUCCUCCUGCGCAGAGUCAACGCCGACUGGCUGGAGGGUACAGUUAAAGACAGGAUUGGAAUUUUCCCAGAGUCGUUUGUGGAGAUCAUAAAGCCUCUACCUGAAAGUGACUCAGACGAGGAGGGUGGGACGUCAAAGAAGAGAAAUGGAGCACCAAGCUCCUACAGCUGCCUUCACUGCUGCCUGAUGCAUUCAGGAGGAAUAGAUGAAAGGGAUGUGUGUGUUGAGGAAGAUCUCUCUAUCCAGCCAUCAUACUUUGAUCUUCUUGCACAGAUGAGGGAGGUGUUUCAAAUCGAGGACAUUGCACUGAAUUACCGUGACCCUGAUGGAGAUUUAGUGCGAAUCCUGGACGACAAGGACGUGACUCUGAUGGUUCAAGAGAGCAAACGCCAAGCAUCAGAGGUCAAGAGACCGGUCAACCAGUUUCCAUGGCAACUUUAUGUCACAAAUGUUAAUGAUUUGUCUGUGUACAAUGUUGAGCAUUAAAAAAGUGGUGUGUA